UGAAGUCUCUGAUCCAUGUAUGCUGCGUUCUGGCUCUGCUGGCUUUGUCUGCUGCAGCCCAUUUUUAGAGGCCGGCCCUGUCUCAUGCAAGUGAACAGACCAAUGGUGAGUCCAGCUUUCGACGACUUUGGCCAGAGUCUGAACUUUGCGACUAAAGAGGCUCUCACCGGCGUGUGUGUGUGCGUUCCGGCCGUAGUUUAUGUCUGUCCCGUCUUCUGCUUCACUCGAUGGCCUGGCUCUCACCGGGUCAUCCAUCUCUAAUGAGGAGCCACUGGUACCUCUUCGGCUACAGGAGCAUGAGAGUAACCUCUUCUCCUGUGGAUGUGGCACAACAGAGGAGCAGCCCAGCCAGAGUUCAUCCAACGACACCCCGGCCCCAGAGAGGCCCACGUGUCAACCCUGUUCCCCAACACUGGCUGUGUCUGAGGAAGAGUCAGCCUCGCUCUCACAGCGUGAAGAAGAAGAAACAGCUCAAACACCACAAACCAAGGCUUCCACUGUUGAGGUAACAAGCAAUGUAGAAGGACAGGAAGAAGCUUCUCUCCAAAACAUGGCAGAGGAAAGUCAAGAGGAGAUGGCAUCUGAUGACCACGAGGCAUCCAUUGUGGAGGAAAAGAACGAGAAAGAAGCAGUUGGUAAGGUUGUAUAUUCUUUUGCAGGAGAGUUGAUGAAUGAGGAAUACAAAAGUGAAGACGUAGAGGAUGAAUUGCCAAAAGAGGCAGUUAUCCCCCACGAUUCUGAUUCAGAAGAGGAAGAACUGGUUCAGGAAACAAAGGAGGGAACACAAGAGAGAGAAGUAGGGGAGGAGAAAAUUGUACUAAAAGAUAUUGUGGAGGAGGAAGCUGUUGAAGAAACUGAAUCAGAGCCAGAGGACAUUCUUGAAAUGAGUGCUGUACCUGCAAACCCAAAAGUGAUAUCUGAAACUGAAGCACAUUAUUACACUGAAACUGAGGAUAUGUCAGGACCUGAAACAGAUUAUGACAGUGAACUAGAAGUCAUGUCAAAACCUGAAGAACAUCAUGCUGACUCCGAAGUGAUAUCCAAACCGGAAACAGAAUAUGAUACCGAAACAGAGGAGAUAUCAGAACCUGAAGCACAAUAUGAAGCUGAACCAGAUGAUGAAGCUGAACCAGAAGUGACAUCAGAACCUGAAGCCAAAGAUGAAGCUGAACCAGAAGUGAUAACAGAACUGGAAGCCAGAGAUGAAGCUGAAGCAGAUGUGAUAUUAGAACCUGAAGCAGUACAUGAAGCUGAACCAGAAGUGACAUCAGAACCUGACGCCAAAGAUGAAGCUGAACCAGAAAUGAUAACAGAACUGGAAGCCGAAGAUGAAGCUGAAGCAGAUGUGAUAUUAGAACCUGAUUCAGAAUUUGAAGCUGAACCACAAGUGGUAUUAACAUCUGAAGCAGAAUAUGAAGCUGAACCAGAAGUGUUAACAGAACCUAAAGAAGAAAUAUCAGAAGUUACAAAUAACAGCAUUGGACUAGAUUCGCCAGAACUUGCACUUGUUUCUGUGCCUUCAAAGCCUGAAGCAGAGCCUGAAGUAAUUCCUAAAGUAGAGGUUAUUGAAGAAGUCACACCAGAGUCUGUUGAGGAAGCAACAGUGGAAGAUCUUGAAGAAGAAACAUCUGAAGAGGCUCCUGAGGUGGAGGAAGCUCCUCUGGAGGUCAAGGAGUCUGCACAGGCCAAAGGGGGAAAAAAUGUGGGUCCAGCACUGAGGGACCGUUCCCAUAUUGAAGACACACUAAGACUGGCAGCUGCUGAACCCUCAGCCCAAUUGACAGCUGCAAUGAAGAAGCUACUGAACAUCUACCACACAGCCAUCAAGCCAGUGGAGCAAGUGUUCAAGUACAAUGAACUCAGGCAGCAUGAAGUCACAGAUGGAGAGAUCACUUCUAGGCCCAUGGCUUUGUUUCUUGGACCCUGGAGUGUGGGCAAAUCCUCCAUGAUCAACUACCUGCUGGGUCUCCAAGACACUUCACAUGAACUCUACACAGGUGCUGAGCCCACGACCUCCGAGUAUACCGUAAUAAUGCACGGUGAAAAGUUUCGCACCAUAGAGGGCAUUGUUAUGGCAGCCGACAGCUCGCGUUCUUUUUCACCCUUGGAGAAGUUUGGCCAGGGCUUCCUGGAAAGGCUGGUGGGCUUUGAGAUGCCACACAAGCUGCUGGAGAGGGUCACAAUUGUUGAUACACCCGGCAUCAUUGAGAACCGCAAGCAACAGGAGAGAGGGUACCCAUACAACGAGGUGUGCCAGUGGUUCAUUGACCGAGCUGAUCUCAUCUUCCUGGUUUUUGACCCCACCAAACUUGAUGUGGGUGGGGAACUGGAAAUGCUCUUCAGGCAAAUGAAGGGCCGUGAGUCCCAAAUCCGCAUCAUCCUCAACAAAGCCGACAGUCUCACCACCCAGGAUUUGAUGAGGGUCUACGGAGCCCUGUUCUGGAGCAUGGCGCCCCUCAUCAAUGCCACAGAACCUCCUCGGGUAUAUGUGAGCUCUUUCUGGACUCCGGAAUAUGCAGUAGAUACUAGCCGGGAGCUCUUUAUGAAGGAGGAGACCUCUCUGCUGGAGGACUUGAACCAGGUGAUCGAGAACCAGAUUGAAAAUAAGAUUGCCUUCAUCCGGCAGCAUGGCAUCAGAGUACGCAUUCAUGCCCUCCUUGUUGACCGUUACCUCCAAACCUACCACGAAAAGCUGGGCUGGUUUAAUGAUCCCUUUGAGGUGUUUCAUGAUAUUGUCACUGACCCAGACAAGUACUACAUCUUCAAGUCCAUUCUGGCCAAGACCAACGUCAGCAAGUUUGACCUUCCCAGCAAGGAGGCCUAUCAGGAUUUCUUUGGAGUUAAUCCUGUGGCCAACUUCCAGCAGCUUUCCUACCACUGCAGCUGGACGAGUGGUUGCAUGCUAGACCGUUUAGAGAAGGCCAUCUCGUACGAGCUCCCGACUCUGCUCAUGAGCAUCAGCAAGGGGACGCCCGCUCCAGCAAAACCUGCUCCGACACCUGCAACCCCACUUUCCGGCACCUGCAAGGCACCUGAGUGUGAGGAGAAAGCCAAAAAUCGUUGGAGGAGGCAAUGAGAUGGAUGGGAAUGGUAGGUGGUCGCAGAGGCAGAUGGCGGCAGCCUUUAGGCUGUUCUGCAAGAAUCCUCACUGCUGUGAUUCUUACAACUGCAGAAUGAUAAAGACCAUUUGCAAGGCUCUACCAUGCCCACCUAGGUCAUGUAACGCCAAAAAAUACAUCUGCUUAGACCUUAUUCAUUAAAACAAGUGAAAGGGGUUUUCCCAAUGGUAGCACAUUAGAUAGUCUGAGAAUAAUGUUAAAUCAUACUGAUAAAAUACAACUUAUAGCUGACUGUUAUUGUUGAAAACCUCAACUUCUUUGUCUUCAGAUAAAACAAAAGUAAUAUUAAUUUAUAAACAUUCACUUCUUAAAUAUGAAGGGGAAAAAAACAAAAGGAGUUUGUUGUUUUUAUUUUUUAUUUUUGCACAUUAUUUAUUCACAUCCUCAAAGAAAGACACCACAUGCAAAAAGCUAAAAACUGGCACUGUUGUCACUUCUGCGCUGCUUUGAAAGACUGAAGACUGAAUCAAAUCUGCUGUUGUGCUGUUUUAAUCCACCUAGGCACCAUUGUCGUGUCCUUAAUACCAUUGAGGGACUCAUAGUGCACAUGUCAAGCUUUGUGCUAACAGGACAAGUGCUCACAUUCUCCUUGAACUAAUAAAAUACAUUGAAUACAAUUUUUGCACCAGCUGGGAAUAUUGUUCAUAUUCAUUAAGGCAUUUUCUUCACUUGUGAAAUGCAUCCAUCCAUUUUCUAUACCGCUUGUCCGCAUUAAGUUUCCUCAUUUUAGGUCUGUGAUCAUUUUCUUCUUAUUAUCACUUUUCUUUUCAGUAAAUAUGAUCAAAUCUUUUCUUCUCGUUCCUCUCUGAUCUUACAAAGACACCAAUGAAAUAACCAUUGUUGAAAAGCUAUUUCCAGGAGUAUAUCCACAAUGUCAUAUAGUGCAUGAUUGUUCUGUAUGAAUGAGGUGCCAUAUUUUACCAAACAAACUUUUUCAAGCAUUUGGAAUGUAAUACUGGCUAUAUGGUGCCUCAGUAAACAUGUGAAAUCUGAAUUAAAACUGUCCACGCAUUCCUGAGUUACACAUGUUUUUUCUGCCGAGAGGCCUGAAAUCAGGUCAUUUGAAUUUUUCUUACUGUAUCUAUGUCACUAGUGAAGAUCUCCAACUACCUCUCCGCCCCCGAACCAGCGUUGUCAACAUAACAAACACGUGUGCUCUCACAAUUAGAGGAAAGGGGGCACUCUUAGCCAAUAUGGGCAAAGUGGAACAAAACUGGGUCAAAGAGAAGUAGUUGUCAGAGACGCCUUUUCUGGACACUUGUAUCACAAAACCAAGGUGUUUUUUUUUUUAAAUGAAAGUUUUUUACUAAGUCCAAGUUCGAGAGUCACUCUGUGGACAACUAAAUAGUCAAAAUAUGUAAGUACAACCCCAAUUCCAAUGAAGUUGGGACAUUGUGUUAAACAUAAAUAAAAACAGAAUACAAUGAUUUGCAAAUCAUGUUCAACCUCAAAGGAUAUCACCACAUGGGCUCAGGACCACUUCAGAAAACCAAUGUCAGUAAAUACAGUUCGGCGCUACAUCCGUAUGUGCAACUUAAAACUGUACUAUGCAAAGCAAAAGCCAUUUAUCAACAACACCCAGAAAAGCCGCCGGCUUCUCUGGGCCCGAGCUCAUCUAAGAUGGACUGAUGCAAAGUGGAAAAGUGUUCUGUGGUCCGACGAGUUUACAUUUCAAAUAGUUUUUUGAAAUUGUGGACGUCGUGUCCUCCGGGCCAGAGGAAAAGAACCAUCCGGACUGUUACAACAGGGUGGCUUCGUAGUAAAAGAGUGCGGGUACUAGACUGGCCUGCCUGUAGUCCAGAACUGUCUCCCAUUGAAACUGUGUGGCGCAUUAUGAAGCGUAAAAUACGCCAACAGAGAACCCGGACUGUUGAACAGCUGAAGCUGUACAUCAAUCCAGAAUGGGAAAGAAUUCCACCUACAAAGCUUCAAGAAUUAGUGUGCUCAGUUCCCAAACGUUUAUUGAAUGUUGUUAAAAGAAAAAGUGAUGUAACACAGUCGUAAACAUGACCCUGUCCCAGCUUUUUUGGAACGUGUUGCAGCCAUAAAAUUCUUAGUUAAUGAUUAUUUGCUAAAAACAAUAAAGUUAAUCAGCUUGAA